AUGCGGCGUUAUCCGGAAGAGACCAUUGCCAUACUCAUCAAAUGGUUCGAGCUCGGAAAAGGGAAACUCAGCUAUGCAGCGAAGACGGAUAUUUAUCGUCGCACUCAUUUGACUAGUCGUCAGGUAGACGCCAGUAACCAGUAGGAUCCAUUCAAGUGUUCCCUUUCAGAUCCACCAAUGGUUCCAGGAUCGUCUCCGUCGUUGCGGAAUCUACAACGAACUUCGGUUCAUCAAAAGACUCAAGCGUCAUAUGGCUUGUAAGGGCGCAUUUUUGCCUUUCCCGGAACAAAUUCGCUUUUCAGUGCAUCCAAACGAAUCGCCAACCGACGAAAUGUACGCGGAACUCGAAGAGAUCAUGGUGAGUCAUCCGAAAGUGUUUUGUCUUGUGGUGACGUGGCAUUUCAGAAUCGUAUAAUUCGUAUGAAUGGUUGGGAGGCGGCCGCACAUCAGAUUCCGCAAUUAGCCGUUGAUCGCAACAACAACAAUGCUAACUAA